UUUAUUUUCUCCAGAAAAGGGCUAAAAGGGCGCACCGACAACAAAUUCAAGUGACAGGGCCAUUUAGCGUCAAAUAAAAAAGGUUAAAAUAAGGUGGUGAAUCACUCUUUCUCAAUUGUAUAUUAGCAAAACUUAAUAUAUUUUUGUCAAAAACCUGCUAAUCUGAAUGUUUUUAACUCAGGGGUUGUUUGCUUCGGACUUAAUGGUCUGAAUGGAAACGAUGACUUAUUGAGUCAGUCAUAUACUCUUAUUUACUUAGAACUUAUUUUAAAAUAUGACUUAUUCGCUCGGACCAUUUUUGACUUAAUCAUUCAACCCAAAUUUAACUAUACUUACGGUUCAGACAUUCAUAUUACCGUCUCUCUUUUUAACUCUAGUUCCUUCGCUAACUCUCUUCUUCGCUAAACUCUCUACCGCCACCAAGUGAAAGCUGGGCACAAUCCAUCGCCACCAAGUGAUCUCAAAGCAGACUUCCUCUUCUUUGAUUGCCCGGUAUGACUUUUAUCACCACAUCGUAACUGGCUAGGAUUUUCAUUUGAAUAUGUAUGCAUUUCUCUAAAUUCUUGAAAAGCAUUUUGAGAUGUGUCCCAAGGUGUUCCAUCUACUUUCUUAUUAUCUUCAGUCAUCAGCUCCAAAAGACCUGACCUGCGAUACCUUAAAGCCCUGUUUGGUUGGAGGGUUUCGGAGGGGAGGAGAAGAAACUGGGGAAUUUGUGUGUGUUUGGUUGAAGGAAAUAGGGGAGAAGGGGAGGAAAGUGGAAGAUUUUCAAAAUCCUCCACUUCCUCCCAUUCUAAACCCUCCAAAUCGAGGUAUUUCGGAGGAAACGGGUUGAUAACCACAAACUAUCCAUCUCCUACGUGAAUGAACAAAACGUUAUAAUAUAAAAAGAAAAAAAAACAAAAAGUUUUGAAAAAUUAAAAAAUUAAAAAAUAUAAAAAUUUAAAGAUUAAACAAUUUAAAAAUUAAAAAAAUAAAAAAUUAAAAAAUUAAAAAUUAAAAAUUAAAAAUUUUAAAAACUAAAAAUUAAAAAAUUUAAAAAAUAAAAAUUGAAAAUUAAAAAUUCCAAACUGAAAAAUGAAAAAUUAUAAAAUUAAAAAAGUAAAAAAUCAAAUAAAAUAAAAUUAUGACUCAUGACCAUAGGAUGAUAGGAGUAAUAUUCACAAUAGUUAGACAUGUAUCUAUAUUUUUAAGUAAGCUAUCAAAUAAAAGUAAAUUUCGAAAAUAUUUUCAUUAAACCUUUCCUCCUAUUUCCUCCAACCAAACACAAAUUUUUAUCAAAAUCUUUCCUUCCCCUUCCCUUCUCUUCCCUCCUUGACUCUCCCCUUCCCUCCCCUCCUUUGAACCAAACAAAGCGAGUUAGAGCAUGGGAAACUGGGAGUGGUAGGCGAGUACAGAGGCGAGGAGAAGCUUCGACGCUUACAGAACAAGUGAAUAGCAGAGGCACUCAUACGAGAGGAUUGGAAAAGUUUUUUCAAUCAUUAAAAUAAUUAUUUCGAUUCAUCGGCAAAAAGUAACAGGUUUUCAUAUGUUCAUUUUUUCUUCUGAAAAUAAUUCAAAUUGAUUGAGGAUGUCAGACAAACAAUUGGUAGCUAGGAAGAGCAUAUUUAUCAGGCUGAAAAUUACAGUUUAAAAGAUUUGUAAUAAAACUAAAAUAGUAAUAGUUCAUGUAUCUUACUAUAUACAAAGCGAAUGGGAAAGUUGACUUUCUUUCCGCCAAAAGUCACGAAUCGAGUUUGCAGUCAAUCUCAUUUACUAGUGUGUUUUUCCAUCGUACAAUCAGUCGUGUUUAGGGUACACGUUUUUUGUGUACACCUUUGUCACAUUUGUUUGUUUACUUAAACAAUGUUGUUUGUCAAUGUUGUAUGUCUACGGAUAACUUUGUAGGACCCUAUAGACUACCCAAACAGAAUUGUCUGUUAACUACAUUCUAAUAAAGCUUAGAAUAUUUUCAAUUAUGUAAUUAUUUCAAAAAAUUAAUACUACGUAUUAAAUUAUUAAUGGAGAACAUAAAAUCAUGAUGCAAAAAUAACUUUUUAUAUAAAGUUCGGGGCAUAUAUAUUACAUAUGCAAGUUUGGGUAAUUUAAAGUUGAUAUUUAAAUUAUUCCCCCCCCCCCCCCCCCCCCCCCAAAAUAAAGAAUAACAUUGAUGGAGUAUAUGGCCCGGGAACCCCCGGCCCACAAACUCCUACUACUCCAAUAAAGGCCCAAUAGACCCAGGAAACACAACAGGCCAACAUCACGGUGCCCAAGAUACCAAGCAGCCCACAAAUGCGCACCAGGGGUGCCUUCGCCCCCCUGGCCGAGGGCUCUAACUCUCACAGGAGGGCCAAGACAGCAAAACAGAGUUACUAGAAAAAACGGCGAAAAUUAGUAGCCCUCGGCAACGGGAGCCUUCGGGACCAAGGGGAUCUCUGGUACUCAGAGCCCUCGACUAGUCCUCUACAACCGAGGGCACCUUUCCCGACAUGAUAUCCGCGCCACAUGCGUACAGAUCACCGUACCCUGUACAACGUCCCAUCCAACAGCCGCAUUAAAUGCGGCCACAUGCGGUUGCCAGCGCCAACCAGUUGAGGUGACCUCUCGGCCAAUAAACGCUUGACACGUAUCCCUGUCUGGCAUUUAUUGCUACUAUAAAUAACACCCCAUUUCCCCAUUUGUAACCACACUGAAAACACUGAACACUUUCUAAUAUACUUUCUCUCUCUAUACUUACUUGCUCUGACUUCUCUCUAGCUAUUCCCCGUAAUAACCCCUCGGAUAAGCUACCCCCCGGGUACACUAUCCAUCAUUUGGUGCUCUCGUUGAGAGGUCGAACAAUCAAGUAAGAACCCCCCCUGGACCAAACACAAAAACACCCAUCUAAAAUGGUGAGAACAACUCGUGCCAACUCCAAGAAUGUAGAGGACAGGAACCUGGCCCUCGGCGAGGUCGACGUCCCCGAAGCCUCCAACAGGGCUCCCGGGGGCGGCGUCAUCGCCGGGUUGGACCAGUCGGCUGUCGACCUACGCCAGCAGAUUCAACAAAAUGCCCCCGAUGCCCGCCUCGGCAUCGAUGCCAAGAAAAAGGACCGGAGCGAAAAUCAAAUUAGCCAUCCGGUCAUCACCAUAGACGUACAAUCGGCCCUCUCCGCCUUCAUCUAGACGCUCACCCAGAAACGAAGACAUCAAGUAAACAACGGCCUCCCUUCAUCAAGUAAACAACAGCCCUUGCAUUCUCUUUUGUUUUGUUGAGGCCGGUGUAGUCCCCCAGUCCCCCACUGCUUCAGACCGAAGAGUGUGAGGGGUGAAGGAGUUGCUUGAUUCCCCGGCCGAAGCGGUCUCGCCGUAGUCCCCCUGUAUCCGACCCUCAUGGCGAUUUUCUGGCCAAGGUAACCCUGUGGGAGAACCCUUGUGCGCAGAUCGCUUGUAGAGAGUUAUCAUCAAGGGUUAUUACGAGGAGCCGAUGGCUUUUGGGCUCUUGGGUCCUUUGAUCUUGUGGCCGUUACGUUCCUGGCCGUUGCCGUCUCCUUAUCGUUUGGCAGUUGUGAUCUUGGCGAGCAAGUGGGACGUAGUGGGCGCUUGUUGGCAUUUGUAAAGCCGGUGAGCGUGUGUAGGUCGUAGAGUCCGUCCUGCUAGUGGGCUGUGGAUAUUGAGUUUGGCCCAUUGGUGACGUGGUCGCCCCCCAUUGGUGGCCGUUGGUGUGGCCAUUGGGGGGGGGGGGGGGGGUGCCACGUGUAGUGACCGUUGGGUGGGGGGUUCUAUAAAUACCCCUCCCCCUCCGACGAGAAAACGUAUUUGCAUUCUGAAUUUGUCGAAGUGCUGGCCGAUUUUCUAGAGAGAUAAACUCCCAAGCCUGUUCUUCGUUGUUCUUCGUUGUUCAAGGUUAGUGUUCAUCGCGAUCUUCCUCACUUUUCAUACUUUGCUUCCUAGGUUUUUGAUCUAGUGUUAGGCGUUUGAACACCCUUAGAUCUUAAGUUAGUCUCCUUAGGCCCGUAGUAGUAGUUAUGAAGAGCUUGAACGAAGACGACUACCCCUACGACGACCAGCCCUCCACGAGGUCGCUUGACUACGAGGUGCUCGAGGAGUUUGAAGAGGAGAUAGAGCGUUUAAGUCCCUACAAAUCCGGAGAGCUGGUGGACGAGGAAGGCGAGGACGAGGAGUCCGCCUCCUCUUCAAAGGGUGAGGACGUAGGUGCGUCCCGAGUGGUGGACGGGGCGUCCACUUCUGCUGUCAUUCCGUGCCCGAGGCCGGUGUCCGCCGUUAAGGGAGCCACUAAGCCGAAGAGAGUGAGGAGGCCGAAGAGUGGGCCCGGCAUCUCCUACCUGGAUCUCACCAACAUCUACUUGAUCAAGCCGGAGAGCAGUGCGGCCGACUAUCUUGUUGCCCAGAUGUACGUGGGGCCGUUCGGGCGGGAUAGGGCACCCAAGCCGACGGACCAUGUUCUUCUUCCACCACCGGGAUACUUUGGAGUAUACCCGAUGAGUUUUGCUAAGGGGUUGAGGUUCCCCCUUCACCCUUUCAUUACCGAGUACCUGGACAUGGUAGGGCUUCCUCCGGCCUUGCUGACGCCGAACAGCUACUCCUUGAUGGUGGGGUUUUUGCUCCGGUGUGAGGAGUUGGGCUACAGGCCGACAACGGCACUAUUCAUGAAUCUGUACUAGAUCGGCCGAGGAAGUCACAAGAACUGUGCGGCCUAUGCUACUCUUCAGCAGCUGCCGAAGAAGAGGAGCUUCACGGAUUUGCCUACGUCCAUUCAUGGGUGGAAGAGCAAGUUCGUGUUUGUGUCCAUUGGUGAGAGUGGCACCGAGUUUCCCUCCCUCGGCCACAUCGGGAGGUUUAACCUGCAUGACCCGCCGAAGAGCUCUAUUUUGGACGCUCAGGUGGAGGCUUUCUUGGAAGGGGGGCCGAGGAGCGUGAAGGAGUAUAUUACUGAGUACAAGAUGACCGCCCUCGGCUUCUUGAGGUACCAUGUCUAUGGUGACAAGGAGGAUGACCUCCAACUCUGGCCGAGGAUGACCACCACCUUUGAAGAGGCCGACGGCCCGGAUUUGGGCAUUCCUGCUGAGGCCGAUGGUAAUUAUUUCUUCGGCUUUCUGUUUUUAUGUUUUUGUCCUUUGCCUUACUAAUCCGUUGUGUUUUUCCUUUGUAGAUUUUGCCAUGGACCGACGUUCCAUAAUGGCUAUUGCCAAGGCCAAAGCGGCCGAGGAGCUGGCUGCUAAGGCGGCCGAGGCGGCCAGACGUGCCGCGGCCGGUGGGAGCGGGGCUACUGCUGAUGCGGCCCCAAAGCCUGCUCCAUCGAAGAAGAAAAGGCCGGCCACUGACGGCCAGAAAAAUUUAACUGAGGCCGGCCUGAGCGUCUCGAAGAAGACGAAGAGGGCUCCUUCCCCUUCUCCGGCUACUGAGGCCGGUACUCUGACUGUCCCCAGCGUGGACGAUGGUGGUCCCGUCGUGGACCUUACUGCUGCUGACGAUGCUGCCCCAGCGCUUCCUCUCGUCCAGGAACCACGGACGAAGAGGGCCGGCAAGGAGAUUGCCGGUACCACCUACCAGAAGAUGGUAGAGUACCCCGUCGGCGGGGGCGUGUUUGAUGAUGUCGUCCCUGGCCACGUCGUCCUGGCCCAGGCCAUGCCGGCCAAAGAUCGGGCUUACUUGAAGAAGCUCGGGGACGUGAAGAUUUACGAGGGCGGCAUGGACCUCCUCGUCCAAGUAAGUUACUUUCCUUAUGUUUUGUCUUUCUCAUCGUCUGUGUAGAGUCAUUUGCCUGACCUGUGUUUUCCUUCUGCAGAGUGCCUUUAUGCUUAUGGAGAGCCAUAAGAGGCAGUAUAGGGAGAUAGCUCGCUUGAAAGAGCUGGAGCAGAAGGCUGCCUCGGCCGACGAGGCGGUAGCUUGCCUUGAUUGGCUCCGGGAGGAUGCCAAGGCGUUGCAGGCAAGGGCUUAUGAAGCCGCCGCAGCCAGGGACGAUGCCCUGGCCAAGCUCGAGGAGAGCAAAAGGGAGCUCGAGGAGUCCCAAAGGGCGCUGGAGGCCGAGAGGCGCAAGAGCGAGGAGGCCGUCAAGGCGAAAGCUGAGGCCGAGGCCGCCGUCGUGAGGGCUGCUGAUGAGGCCGUUGAGAAGUUCCUGGCCGAGGGAUGGAAGGCCGAUGAGAGGCUUCCCUGGUGCUACGAAGUGGUUGCCGCCAGGCUUGAAGAUUGGGGGAUGAACUCCCCCGCCGGCCAGGAGUACUUCAGCAGGGAGAUGGCCGUCUAUUACAACAUGGGCCAGGAGCGGAUGCAAAGGCUCCUGUGUCGUCGGCUAUCCCGUGCGUUGAAAGCCAUGAACUACACGUCCGGGUGGGCCAGACGGAACCUGAAGCUGCCAAAGCUGAUGAAGGAUCCAGAGGAGCAAGCCAAGCUUCCUUUGUCGGAGCGGGAGUCCCCAAUUGAAAGUUCCGGCCUCGGCGAGCCGGACUACACUGAAUUUGACUUCCUGGACGAUGCCACUAGCGCUGCGGCCGCCGCCGGCCAGGAGACGGAGGCCGAGGAGGGAAUCGACGAGGCCGAAGAGCCCGCCGAGGGGGGAGCCGACGAGGUUGAAGAGUCAGCCGCGGAUGAAGGUGCCCCGGAGGCUUGAUCGGCUAUUCCCUGUUGUAAUUAGCUUUUCAAUUUUUUGCCAAAUGAUGUAACGGCCGAAGUGCCCCCAAUUGUAAUGAACUGAUUAUGAAUGAAGAUAUAUUUGCCGUCCUGCUCGGCUUUGAAUUCCUUGUAUGCUUGUUUGCCUCUUGUCAUUUCAAUUCUGUAAAUUGUCUAAGUGUCAAGUCAUAACUUGGGUCACCCGCGAGUGUCCGCUACGUCCGUGAGGUCGGCCUUCCUGUCCGGUGGCCUGGUCGGCCUAUUCAUCUUUGCUUUACUAUCAUAACACUUAGGAUUUUUUUUUAAAAAAUUUCCUAAGUGUUUUGGGUCCACGUAGCUGCUGUCUUUCCGGCCUAGUGGCUUGAUCGGCCUGGACGUAGUUUCUCGACUAUCAUAACACUUAGGAUUUUUUUUCCAAAAUUGCCUAAGUGUUUUGGGUCCUUUUAAGUGCCUUCUCUCCAGCCUGGUGGCUUUGUCGGCCUGACCGGUGUUGAUGCAGUAUCAUAACACGUAGGAUUUUUUUUUUCAAAAAUUUCCUAAGUGUUUUGGGAUUCACCUAGGUGUUUUUCCUUCGGCCUUGACCGUGGUGUCCGCUCCGUCCAGGCGUUGGCUUUUUUAUCUUUUGUUAGAAUAUUCUGAAGUUUCUAACUUCAAGUUGCUGAGCGUUCUCAUCGUCCUGGCCUUGGGUUGAUCACUCUUGGCAAAUGCUCUGGGAGAUUUACCGAGUGUUGUAGCCGGUGUCGUUGUCGGUCUACAUCCUUGUGUUGUGGCCGAUAAGGGCGCCUUCACCUUGAUCUUCUGAACUUAGAAUUUUUCCCAAGUACAUGUGCAAAGUUGUAGAUAGCUAACGGCCUUGGAGUAUAUAUGUACCCGCUUCGUCCAGAGUUCUUCCACUUGAGUACUUAGAGAAUUUUCCAAGUGUAAAUGCUGGGCAUUUACUUCUUUGCGGUACCGCUGUUGGCCAAGGUCUGGCUUGUGGCCGAUGAGGGUGCUGGAUAAGGAAUGACUUUCCAAGGAGAUGGUCCUACCUUCGUCGGCCAGCCAUGGUUCCUUGUUGAGGAACCCUCUUUUCUUUCUUCUCAGGAUUUUUUCUAAGUGUUUGGUAAACACUUGAACCAAUUCCCAGAGAACUUUCACUUGACCAACAGCCUUGGUUCCAGUGCCUGUAUCGGCUAUCCUGGCUGCUGUGGCAAGUAAGGAUUGUUUCCUGAUUGCUUGAUUCUUCCGCGGGUGUGUGCAGUGCCCGCUUCGUCCUGGUCAUCCUCAGGAUUGUGAUUCUUUGUUUCAUACCAAGCGUUGGUGCUUCAAAGGACUGUGGCCGAUGAAGGUCACCUCUCACGUGUCACCCAACCGAUGCGGUUAGGCUUUUAUAGGCGUGUGUCGGCCUUGAUCAUUCCCUUGUAGUGCGUGGACGUGUCGUCCAUGUUACCUGUUUGUGGUACUACACUUGUGUUCAACUGAUAUGUACUUGGCCUAGUUGGGCCUGAGUUGUGGGGAUUUUAUUUUUUCAUUGCUCGAGGCCGGCUAGUGUGCGCGGCCGUCGGCUUCCCUCUUUUUCCCUUAUAUUUUUUUUUUCGUUUCGGGGGGUAUCCUUCUUUCAGGCUUCGGCCGAAGGGUGUGCUCGCCCUUCAGCCGGUUCGGACUUCGUUUAUAACGUCCGUGAUCUCAGGGCGGGUCCCGUCGCCUAUUUAUGACGCGGGCUAGACUUUUGGUCGGUUUCCAACGACUGUCGUUGCCCAUCCCUGAGUUUUGGGAUUUUGUCACCUCAGCCAUGAUUUCAGGCCUGUCGUCCUGCGUUCUGGCGCGUGGACGACGCGGUGAGCUUCCCGUUUCAAGACGUGGGCCGUUUGCGGGCCCCUCGUCUUGGGGACAUCGUCGGCCAUACCUGAGCGUUUCGCUUCUAGGCUUACGGGGCCAGGACGAUGUGCUCUCUCAGCUAGGCCUGAGCCCUUCGCUGAUACAAAAUACAAUGGAGUGCCUGAGCUUAUUGCUCGUAGGCUUCAAAUGCAAGGGGCCAUGUCGGCCAUGCCUGAGCCUUUCGCUCUAAGGUGGCCGACGGAGGCACCUGCUAAUGUUUUACUUUAAAUUCCGGAGAAAAAAUUAGAACAUGAUUUUAUUCAUGAGUGGCUCGAGGCCGAGGGUGGCGUUCAAUCAGUAACCCGUUAAGGGGUGAGGGCUUCGCCGUCUGCACCUCCUUCGGAUUACUGAUAAAACUUCACCAGAUGGUGUACAUUCCAUGUUCGUGGUACAUUGGACCCAUUCGGGCGUUUAAGCUUGUAGGUGCCGGGUUUGACCACGGCACUGACGAUGUAGGGCCCUUCGUACUUCAAUGCUAGCUUGCCACCCUCUGUCGGCUGGCUUGCUUCCCUUCGGCGGAGGACGUAGUCGCCCACCUGAAAUUCCCGGGAACGUACCUUGGCGUCAUAGUAUGAUUUUACUUGACGCCGGUAGAUCUCUGCUCGGACGUAAGCUUGCUCACGCCUCUCAUCAACCAGGUGCAGGUCAAUCUUCAUGUUCUCUUCGUUGGUGUCAGGCUCAUAUUGUUCCACCCGCCGGCUGGGGAUGGCAACUUCCGUGGGCGCCUUUGCUUCAAAGCCGUAGCAUAGGGCGAAAGGCGUUUCACCUGUCGCCCUCCUCGGCGUGGUUCUGUAGCACCACAGGAUUUUGGGGAGCUCGUCGACCCAACUACCUCCUGCGGCCUGGAGUUUCUUCUUCAGCCCCUCCAUGAUUGUUCUGUUGGCGUUCUCGACCUGCCCAUUGCCCUGAGGGUAGGCAACGGAGGAGAAACGAUGCUUUACCCCAAACUCCCGGAGGAGUUCUUGAAAAGGGGCUGCCUCGAAUUGGGUGUCGUUGUCUGAUAUAAUCUCCUGGGGGACGCCAAAGCGUGUGAUGAUGUUCUUGUAAACGAAUUUUUGGCAUCUGGCCCCCGUGAUGCUGGCCAAGGGUUCCGCCUCGACCCACUUGGUGAAGUAGUCGACGGCGACGAUGAUGUAGCGGUUAUUCCCGGCGGCUCUGGGCAGGGGCCCGACCAGGUCAAUCCCCCAUCUGGAGAAUGGAAUUGCGGUGCUGACAGGGGCAUAGUUGACAGCUGGCCGACCAGGGGCCUUCUGAAGUACCUGGCAUGUGGUGCACUUUCUGGCCAGAUCAGCGCAGUCGCGUGCCAUCGUCGGCCAGAAGAAGCCCUGGACGACGAGACGCCGGGACAUGCUAAAAGGGCCCUGGUGUGAGGAACAGACGCCACAAUGAACUUCUUCCAUGGCUGUGCCGGCCUCGUCCUGGUGCAGGCAUCAGAGGAGAGUGCCAUUAUAGGACCGUUUGUAGAGUUUGCCAUCUUCGAUGGUGUAGCUUGGGGCCCUGAGUUUGGCAAGUUUGGCCCUCUCCUCGUCCGGGGGCAGCUCCCCCGUUGUGAUGAAGGUGGCGAUGUCGGAGAUCCAGUCCUCUGGUCGCUGUUGGACGCACAAGACGGGGCUGGCAUGGAUGCUGGACAUGCUCAACUCCUUGAUCUUUGCCAACUGGGAGAUGUGCUCCGGGGUGUCCGAGCUGAGCUUGGAGAGGAUGUCGGCUUCGGCGUUCUCGGCCCUGGGGAUCUGAGUGAUCUCGUGGGUUUCAAACGCUUUCAGCAACUCCUCCGCCGCUUGUUUAUACUGCUUCAUCCGGCCUUCCUUUGCUUCGUACGAUCCCUCCACCUGGCCCACCACCAGUUUGGAGUCGCACUUGAUUUUGAGGUGCUUGGCCUGGAGGCCGGCCGCGAGUCUGAGACCGCUGAGGAGGGCCUCAUACUCGGCUUCGUUGUUGGAUACCCUGAAGUUGAAGCGGAUGACAUAGUAAGCUCUGAAUCCUUCAGGGGAUAUGAGGACGACGACGCCGCCGCAUGAUUUCGCAGCUGACGAGCCGUCAGUGAACAGGGUCCACGUGUCGUCCGGCUCCGGCCCGGGGUUCGCGACGGCCGUCUCCCUUGCUGUGCAUUCAAUGACGAAGUCGGCCAAGGCUUGCCCUUUGAUGGAUGGCCUUGGCUUGAUCUCAAUCUGAAACUGGCUGAGGAAGAUCGCCCAUUUCACCAUCCUCGAGGAGCUUGUGGGGCUCCUCAUGAGUGCGCCAAGAGGCUGCUGGGUCAGCACAUGGAUGGUGUGGGCUUGGAAAUAGUGCCCCAGCUUCUUCACUGUGUGGACGAUGGCCAGCACCGUCUUCUCAAUGGGGGAGUACCUGAGCUCGGCCUCCCUGAGUGUCUUGCUGAUGUAGAAGAUGGCCUUCUGCACCCCUUCGUCCUCACGGAUGAGCACGGAGCUGAUGGCCGACGUGCUCACCCCUAAGUACAAGAAGAGGGUUUCGCCGGCUCUGGGCUUGGAGAGCACGGGUGGGGACGACAAGUACCUUUUCAAUUCGUCGAAUGCUUCCUGGCACUCCGUCGUCCACCUGAAGCUGUUGGCUUUUCGCAUGAUCUGAAAGAAAGGGAGUGCCCUCUCGGCGGACCUGGAGAGGAACCGGUUUAAGGCCGUCAGGCGCCCCGUCAGUCGCUGUACCUCCUUGACGUUGCGGGGCGGCUCCAUGUUGAUAAUGGCCUGUGUCUUCUCCGGGUUUAUGCCUCUCCGGCUGACCAUGUAGCCGAGGAACUUGCCGCCCUGAACGCCGAAGGCGCACUUUUUGGGGUUAAGGCGGAGCCUGAACUCCUGCAUUAUUUCAAAGAUUUCCCGGAGGUCGUCGGCGUGGGAGGCGGCCUGCCUGCUCUUGUGAUCAUGUCGUCGACGUACGCCUCCAUCGUCCGGCCAAGGACCGCUCUGAAGAUCUUGGCCACCAUCCUAGUAUAGGUGGCGCCGGAGUUUUUGAGUCCGAAGGCCAUGACGAGGUAGCAAAAGAUUCCCUCUGGGGUCAUGAAUGCCGUCUUCUCACCGUCAUCUUCAUGCAUGGAGAUUUGGUGGUAUCCUCUGAAAGCGUCGAGGAACGACAUCAACUCGCACCCCGCCGUCUCGUCCACCAGCUGAUCAAUGUUGGGGAGAGGGAACGGGUCCAUGGGGCACACCUUGUUCAGGUCAGUGUAGUCAACACACAUUCUGAACGUCGGCGGUUUUUGUGCGAGGACGACGUUGGCCAACCAUGUCGGGUACUUCACCUCUUUGAUGUGUUUGAUUGAGAGGAGCAUGACGACCUCCCCUUUGACGAAGUCCCGCCUGUCGGCGGACAAGUAGCGCCGCUUCUGUUUGACAGGCGCGGAGGCCGGAUCGACGGUCAGCCGGUGAGUGAUCACCUGGCGGCUGAUGCCUGGCAUAUCGUCCGGGCCCCAUGCGAAGACAACGGCGUAUGACCGUAGGACGAGGAGGAUGGCGUCUCGUUGGUCCUGGGGGAGUUGCUUUCCGACCCUGAGAACCCGCUCCGGCCGGGAGGUAUCCAGAGGGAUUUCCUCGACCUCCUCGGCCGGCUCCGCAUGUGGCCUCUCCUCGUCCAUGGCGACGGCGGCCGUGAUGGUGUCUAUCCUCUGGCCCUCCCUCUCGGCCGGCCUCGUCAGUUUGAGGUAGCAUGCCCUGGCUAUCCUCUGGUUUCCUCUGGCGUAGCCGAUGCCGUCACUGGUGGGGAACUUCAAACAUAGGUGCUUCAUGGAGAUGAUGGCCUCCAAGUCCUCCAGCGCUGGCCGGCCCAAGAUCAGGUUGUGGGCGCACUGGAGGUUGACCACCAUGAACUCCAUGUCAAUUUUGGCGUGGUGGGGGCCGUCACCGACCUCCACGGGGAGGACUAUCGUGCCCUCGGCGUCGAUAGAGUCCCCGGUGAAGCCGGAUAACGGGGUCUUGAUCGGCUUCAGCAAAGCUCUGUCCAGCUUCAGCUGCUUGAAGGUGUCCAGGUACAUCACGUUGACGGAGCUCCCCGUAUCGAUGUAAGUACGGUGGAUGAUGGAGUCACCAAUCUCACAUCGGAUGACGAGGGCGUCCCUGUGUGAUUCCGUACCCGGAGGCAGAUCCUUGUCGGUGAAGGUGAUCGCCUCCGUUCGCUGCUUCUUCGGCUGGGGGGGGGGGGGGGGGAACGUGGGACACCUCCCCAAUGUAAAGGGAUUGGGCCCAUUUCUUUCUCUGAGUGGCGGAGUCCCCCCCAGUGUUCCCACCUACGAUGAGGUGGAUGUGAUUCUUCUUCGGCGGAGGCUCUUCGAAGUCCUCGUCGUCGCUGAGUCUACCAAUCUCCCGCUUCUUCGCAGAGGGUUCACCCCCAUGUUUGCCGGUGUUUACCCAAGUGUUCUUGCGUGGGCCACCUUUGACAAACUGGGAGAGUUCCCCCUGGCGAAUAAGGCGCUCGAUGGCCUUCUUCAAUGUGAUGCAAUCGUCGGUGUUGUGCGACGAGUUCUUGUGGAACCGGCAGUAUGUGCCGCCCUGCUGGAUGGCAAGGAUCUCCUCGGCCGGCCGAGGAGCCUGCUCGAUGAGGCCGUGCUUCUCGGCAUAAUCGAGGAUGGUGCCGACCGGGUGGGUGAGGGUUACCCCCGGCCGUUCCAGCCUCGGCCGCCAGUGGCGGUCUUUCUUACUCUGUCCACCAGAGCCGUGGCGGCCCUGGGCACCCUGGCCGGCCAGGGACGGACCCGGGGCCGGCGAAGGAUUUGUCUUCUUGGGGGGAUGGUCCCCCUCUCUCUUGUGAUUGUGGAGCUCAUCGGCGUCGGCAUACAAGCCUCCACGCUGGAGCGCCUUGGCGUACGACCUCGGGGGGUCGGUGAUGAGGCUCCUAGCGUACGGGGAGCUGCGGAGGGCUCCCUGGUACAAGGCGAGGAGGGUGCGCUCAUCGGCCCCCUCGACCUCCUCGGUCUCCCUCUUCCACCGAUCGAUGAAUGAUCGGAGGGACUCUUCGUGCUGCUGCUUGACGGAGAGGAGGUGGGUGAAAUACUUCUUGGCGCGCUUCCUCCCGGCAAAGUGAGUGAGGAAGCGCUGGGCGAGAUCCUGCCAUGAGUCGACGCUUCCUUCUGGCAGCCCGUUGAACCACUCGUACGCUGGCCCCUCGAGAGUAGAGAGGAACCAACGGCAGAGGUAUUCGUCGGACGCGUUCACCAUCAACAUGUUGUUCUGGUAACGGAUGAAGUGCUCCUGGGGGUCUGAUCGGCCAUCGUAGGACUUGAUGGCGUUCCCCCUGUACUUCUCAGGGAUGGGGGCCGAGAGGACCCUGUUGGUGAAAGGGGUCCUGGUUCUGACCUGGAUGACGGGGUCACCUCGCCCCUCGGCCAGCUCCCUCUCCAGGGCGCUAACUUUGUUCAUGAGCGCGUUGAGGCCGGGGUCGUUGGAGGCGCCGACCGUAGGGAUGUUGGCCGACUGCUUGGCCUCCAUCUGAGCCAGCCUCCUUUCCAGCUGGGUGAUGACCUCGUCCCGGGGGUCCCUGUCGGCCGCGGCGGCACCCGGCUGGUUCCUCAGACGCUCGUUGUGAGCCGCGUUGAUCUGGUGACGCACGUCAUCCUCGUGCAACUUCCCCUUGCCCUUGUCCGGGCGGGGCUGGUCCGCUGUCCGGGACACAGACCCCAAGCUUUCCCUUGGCGAGCCAGGACGAGGAUCACCAAUCCGUCCCGCCAUCCUCUCCGAAACCGGACGACGGCGCGUGUUACCUAGCCUAUUGAAGGCAGAGGCUUUUCCACGCGCUGGGGUCUGCCCGGGCCGAAGAGGGGAAGCAGGGUGGGAGUGGGACGACGCCGUGUCCUGGGGCACCACCCCCUCAUCGUUGCCAAUCUGGACGGCCAACGGUUGGGGUUGAGGAGGUUGAGUGACGUUCCCCCCAGUUCUUGGCAAGAGUGCGCUGAGGACGGUGGGGUUCUGAGCCAAGCUGGCGAUGAUAGCCGAUAGUGCGGCGUGGACCUGAGGAUCUACGGACGGAGAGGCCGCGGCCAAAGGCUGGGCCAGGGCGUGAUCCGUCUUUUCAGCUCGCUUCUUGUCCAAGCCGAGGCGGGCAUCAGGGGCGCCGCCGUUGAGUUGGUUGCGGAGGUCCGUUGUGAGGUUGAAGGCCUCCUGGAAGAGAUCCCCUCCGCCGGCCUGGUCGGCCGUGGCGUCCUCAUCGUGCUCCCUGGGCUCUUGGUCCUCAGGGAUGACUUUGCUGACGAGGUUGCGGUUUGACUUAGUUCUCCCCAUGAUCAGUGGUUAGCUGUGCUUGGUAGCGACGAAGGGUGCUAACUUGAUUGUUCUAGCUCUCAACGAGAGCACCAAAUGAUAGAGUAUAUCUAGAGAGAAGUGAGAGCUAGAGAGAGAAGUGCAAUAGUAUGCUUCAAUAGAAUGAUUUUGUAACCCCUAUAACUACUCCCAAGGGGAGUAUUUAUAGAGAAAAUUAGGGUUGGGCUCCCAAACCUAGGGCUUGGGAGGCCCAUUUACAACUGGACCGCUACUGGGCCGAAUACAAAGCCACUAAUGGGAUGUACAAAUGAGUAAGUAUAAAAUCCGAUUCUGUGAGGUCUUCGUGGCCGACGAGGGCGUGGCCGACGGGGGCGUCUUGGCCGAC